AUGUCUCACCAGAAAAAGCAGCCCACCCCUCUACCCCCAGUCGGCUGCGGGAAGACCUCAGGCGGCGGAGGCGGCGGAGGUGGCGGCGGCUGUGGCUUCCCUAGCGGCGGCGGCGGCUCCGACUGCGGCAGCAGUGUUGGCUUCGGCGGCUGCGGCGGCUCCGGCGGUUGCGGCGGCGGCGGCGGCGGCGGCUCCGGCGGUUGCGGCGUCGGCGGCGGCGGCGGCUCCGGCGGUUGCGGCGGCGGUGGCGGCUCCGGCGGGAGCGUCAAGUACUCCGGCGGCAGCAGUAGCUCUGGCUGCGGAGGCUACUCUGGUGGCGGCGGCGGCUACUCUGGUGGCGGCGGCGGCGGGGGCGGCGGCUCCAGAGGCUGCGGAGGAGGUUCUGGUGGGAGUGUCAAGUACUCGGGGGGUAGUGGCUCCUCCGGGGGUGGCAGUGGCUGCUUCUCCAACUCCGGAGGUGGCGGCUCGGGCUGGGGGGUGGGCUCCUCUGGGGGCGGCGGUGGCUGCUUCUCCAGCUGCGGCGGCGGCGGCGGCGGCGGCUCCUCCGACUGCAGCAGUGGCUGCUACUCCGGAGGCGGCGGCGGCGGCGGCGGCGGCGGCUCGGGCCAAGAGGUCCAGUGCCAGAGCUACGGAAGCGUCUCCAGCGGCGGCUGCGGGGGCGGCGGCAGUUCCGGCUGCGGCGGCGGCUCCUCCGGGGGCGGCGGCGGCUCGGGCUGCGGCGGCGGCGGCUCCGGCUGUGGCGGCGGCUCUUCCGGCGGCGGCUCCGGCUACUUCUCUCAGCAGACCACCCAGGCCUCGUGCAUGCCUCAGCAGAGCUACGGAGGGGGAUCCUCCGGAGGCAGCUGCGGCGGCGCCUCCUCUGGGGGCGGCGGUGGCUGCUUCUCCAGCUGCGGCGGCGGCGGCGGUGGCUGCUUCUCCAGUGGUGGGGGCGGCGGCGGCUCCGGCUGCGGCGGUGGCUCUUCCGGGGGCUGCGGUUCCUCCGGGGGUGGCAAGGGCGUCCCGAUCUGCCACCAGACCCAGCAGAAGCAGGCGCCUACCUGGCCAAGCAAAUAA